AUGGCUACACUGAAACUGCUGAAGUCCGUGUUCUGCACAUCGCUGCUACUGGACUGUAUUUUCAGUGUGGCCCUUACUCAGCCCAUGAAAACAGAUGCAAUUUAUAAUAAAACAAAUGUGAAUGAAUUUAUUAUUUUGGGAUUCUCCAGUGUUCAGGAAUACCAGAAUCUUUUUCUUGCAUUCUUCCUAACAAUAUAUCUCAUCACCCUCACAGUGAACAUUUCCCUCCUCACCAUAAUCAGACUGAGUCUAGAACUUCACAAGCCCAUGUAUUUCUUUCUUGGUAAUUUGUCAUUUUUAGAGCUUGGCUACAUCUCUGUGACCGUCCCUAAGAUUGUUUUGAACAUUAUUAAUAACAAGAAAAGCAUUUCCUUUUCUGGCUGUUUUGCUCAGCUUUUCUUCUUCACUUUUUUGGGAGCAACUGAAAUUAUUUUACUUGCAGUGAUGUCUUUUGACAGGUAUUUGGCAGUAUGUUUCCCCUUACGUUAUACUAGUAUCAUGACACAAAAAACAUGCUAUGUCCUGGCUGCUGUGUCAUGGGUGUUUAGUUUCCUGACCACUUCAUUUCCUAUAAUCAAAAUAUCUGAGUUACAUUUUUGUAGUGCAAAUGUAAUUAACCACUUUUUCUGUGAGGCUGCACCUUUACUCAAGUUGUCUUGUUCAGAUACAUAUUUUGAAGAGUUAUUUGUAAUUAUCUGUGCAUCUUCUGUUACUAUCACGUCUGUGCUCCUCACUAUGGUAUCAUAUGGUUGUAUACUAAGGGCAAUAUUGAAGAUCCCAUCUGUCACUGGUAAACAGAAGGCUGCCUCUACCUGUGCCUCCCAUCUAAUAGUGGUUACUGCAUUUUAUUCAACUGUUAUUGCUAUGUACAUAAAACCUACAGGUAGCAAGGGCUCUCUUAAUAAGAUAAUGGCAUUGGUCUAUGCAGUGUUUACGCCAUUUGUUAAUCCAUUUAUUUACAGUUUACGAAACAAAGAAGUUAAAGAUGCAUUUUUUAGACAUGUUUUAAAAAAGGGGGUUCAAUGA